AUGCUCCCUAACGUCGCUAAAUCUACAACAGCAAAUUCUGCAACUGCAACAAAUCUUUGUCUUGACAGGGGAGCAGUGGUCUACCAAAUCUUUGUGCACGGAAUCAAACAUGACGCACCGUUAGUUUUGAUGCUAAAGCAAGACGAUCUUGGUCAAACCUUAUGGAACAUGGUUAUGAAAAAAUGUCCUUAUAAGAUUUCAUCUUCCCUAAUUCUUCUCCAUCAAGGGCGAAAGGUAUACAUGUAGACUUAUGCCAAUUCAUGUCAGAGCAGAUGAUGUUUUAAGUUGGAACGAGAAGAGCCAAUCUGAACACUCCCACUUAGGCUUUAAGGCUUAGCUGUUUCCUAAUUGAGUCAGAAUCGUUCAGAAACGUUAUCAAUUAGAAGUCAGACAAAAGUUAGAGUUUUCCUCGUGGAACAAAAGAUUUUAUUUCUUCGGCAGAUGUUAAGAUUGAGACCAAAAUGUUAAGUGCAACAUGAUGAGGUCAAGAAAGUCAUGUGACUGGAAAAAGACCUGUUUGUUACGUACAACUCACUCGGAAUGGAUUAGUGAAAUUCACAUCGGUCGAAAUGAAAUGUUAUAUUGUUAUGAAAUAUUUAAUAAUGAUUGGUGUCAGUCAUUGACCAGAAAAUCAUUGGAUUCCUUGAUUGGAAUUUCCAGCUCCAAUGUAAGCUAAAAACGAAACAGAUAAAUGUAAGGUGGUUGAAAAUCCAAACUGGCAGGAGGCAGAUCUCUUGGCUAUUUGCCGAGCGCAGCUUGAAAGGCAACUCUAUUGGUACAUACGAUGAAGUAAUUGUGGUGAAUAUCAACAAGAACCAAGACUAGAUAGCUCGUCCUCAGAAAUUCACACUACAAAAAUAGAAGGACCUAGAGUACAUGGAACAUUUUUUUUUUCACUUCAAUUUUUUACUUUGUUCCCUGACAGAUUACUCUGGGAAAGACCCUUAGAGAACAGGGGUUGGCAGCAGAUUGUAAUAUUCACGCCCAUUUCUCGUUAUGCGGAGGUAAGUUGCAAACAUGACUUCUUUCAUGCUUACUUUGGUUUCUCUGUUUGCUGUCGCAUUGCUCAGAGAAAAAUUCGGAUGUGGAGUCGUUUUUCUCAGCAGGAUUUUUUUAUUUCUGUAGGUAUGGAGAAAAAGGAAAGUUCCCAACCCAACAAAGGAAAAGAGCAGAACAAUAAAGGUAUUCAGUUGUGUGAUGCGAUUUUCGGCUUAAGGGUAGCCCUAAAAGAGACCAAACAGCAAAACAAUGCACAAUAAUGGAUAAGAAACGACCAGCAUGCUAGUAUCUCCUGUGAGUUGUACAUUUGUUUUUUAGACCCACAAAAGUGGACAAAGGAGCAAGUGGGAAAGUGGAUUACUGGAGUUUGUGACCUUUGUGAUAUCGACGAAGCUGAAGUUUCUAUGUUCAAGACGCUUUCAGGAGCCGAGCUCAGCAAUUUGAGCAGUGAGGACUGGACAGAAAGGUCACCCAGUCAAGGUGACAUGCUUUUUACCAUGUGGAGAAAACGGCUAAAAACUUUACACGCGAGACCAAGAAUGACUGAUGGUACCUCAAAAACCACUCCUCAAGCCUCAACGACAAACGGUAUGUUCUUAGAACGUCGAUAACUUAAAUUCAUGUGUCAUAACCUAUCAAUAAACUUUUUCGCUGUGGUAUAUAAAUUCAAUUAGAGGUCGAGAUUUGCCAUUUCUCUCUUCCUUGUUCGUUUAUCAGAUUCAGCGAUGUUUUCCCCUGUUUCUUUUUUCUAUCCAAAUAAAGAUCUUGGACAUUUUUUACAUAUUAUAUGUCUACUCAAUUUAAUAUGGACGUAUAAAUCCACGUAUAGGUGUUUCAGACAGAGAAGAAACUGAGGGCUUCGUGCACCCCUAUUUACCAUAUCGUGGUAGAGGUGGUCUACUCCUGGAUUAAUUCAUGGAAUAUUCGAAUUUAACUAGGUUGCUAUAACUUUAAGCAAAUCAUGCCGUUUCAAGACUCGUGCGCGUGUUCCGUUGAACACUGUGGAACAUGAGAGUUGGAAAAGGGAGAACUAAACAUUCACAAGACCUACAAUUACUUUUAAUGUAGGUGCUACAAAACGACGAUUGGGAGUGUUUCCCCUGCAGUAACAUUCAAUUUUUUUUUGUAGGUGCCAUAGAUGAAAAGGCUAGCGAUGUAUCAGUUGGGAACUCACUGAGGAAUUCUCUUUCGAGAAACACCUCCACUGGUAGUGAGCAACUUCCAAUACCCUCAGCUCGCAGUUCUGAAAAGAGGUGAUUGUUGACAAUAAGGAGUAUUUUCUCGGAAAUGAACACCAAAGGGACCAUCGUACCAGUUUAUUGAAUUUACUUUAAUUUUUCCAUAACAAAUUAACUGUAUACAGUAUUUACAACAUCUAACAUAGGGAAGUAUGUCAAUUUGGUUCCAGCUUAUUUGUUAAAUACGGAAGGUGUAUGAUUCGUUGCAUCUACAUAUCCUUUAUAGCGCCGCUGACAAUAUACCUAGGGCGCAGUUUCCCAAGCCAUGUGCGUUGCUUGAACAGCACUUGCAGUUUUUUCUUGUUUUUUUCUUGCAGUUUUUGCCGAGUUAUUUUUAGCGAGCCGUUUUUGCCGAGUUAUUUUUAGCUGGCCCCUACAGAAGGAUAAAUUCGUCUUAUAUAUAUUUUUUUUGCUUUGCAGUGUUUUGAGCACGCAAGGUCCGUUUGGGACUGUUGAGAAUAUCGACAAAAUCGAAUUUUAUCUCAGCGCUGACGAAUUAUCCAGACAGCCACCAGCUGAUGGAGCACUGAUCUCUGCCAGAGGACUGUGCUCCUCCACACCACGAAAUCUUGGCGGUGCAGGCACUGUGUUGCUCAGGAAUAGUCCUGUAGAAGGUGGGACAUUCCUCGAACUUAAAGUGGAUAUUAGAGCUUGCCCUGAGUCUACUGUUCUGACCAAGCACAUCAUUUCAACAAUUCUUAAUCUGAAACUCGGCGAAGAGUUGUUUGUGAAAGGAAGAAUAGAGCGUCUUGAUAAAGGACUUAAAUCAAUGAAGAAAGGCUUCGAAAUUCUACCUUUCAAGAUAAUCGUUGAUUCGGAUCAACAUGCAGCGUUUAGACAGGAACGUAAACUGCAGUGUUCGUAUUUACGCCAACUGUCUUCGCCAUGGCCAACCCUUUGCGGAAUUUUCCAGGCCGAAGGGUCAACACAAGAGCCCAUUUUUCAAAAUGAUACCUUAGAGAUUACACGGGGUAUUCUGUAUUGCUCUCCAGAUGCAUCCCUAGAUAAAACAAAAGAAAGUGCAGUGGCGCUGAAAAACAGUCAAACCGGGGAUAUUUUUGUGGGUGUGAGCGAUCAGGGAAUUGUUCUUGGUUGUAAAGUGUCUCGGAAUGACAUAAUUCCGAGGAGAGAGAAGAUAGUCAGAGCCUUGAGUGGAAUAUUGCCAAAUGUAGACCACCCUAUUACCGUUUGUACAACCGCCGCGCAAGCGCAUGAACUUGUUGAAAAAGAGAAAGACUUUGUGGCUGCUAUGUGGAUACCGAGCGACAGGUGUAGUUCGAUGGAUGAUUUAGAAGAAAUGGAUGAAAUUUCUCUCUUGUUUCGUAUACACGUGCUAAAGGGGUCGUCAGUGGUAAGCUUUGCAAAAGCAGAACAUACACAUGCGUAUGUACGGGUCGGUGCCGAGAAAAAACUAAUGACAGAUUAUGAAGACUUGUUUAACCGUCUUGAGUCACUUGCAAGUCGUAACAUCCCCAAGAAAACGCCUGAAGCUAUAGAUCAAGAAGUUAACAAAGCUUCCGUGUACCAGGUUAGUGAACAGAGUUACCACCUUUUCAAGAGGAUAAACUUUGAAACUGAAAAGACAGAAUUUAAAGCCAUCUACGGUGAGCCAAAGAAGAUAAUUCUGACUGAUUACGUGAAGAAAUACUCUGCCUCUUUUCUUAACUCUGACGGAGGUGAUAUCCUGUUCGGAAUAGAAGAGGAUCGAACUUCAAAGGCUGGUUAUACUGUAGGGGUGUCCAUUUCAGUAAAUGAUCGAAUAGAACUGGUCCAGGAAAGCAGCAAGACGGUUUGCAACUUUUGGCCUCCGGUCGAUAGCAGUCAGUUUUUCAUGAAAUUCAUCGAGGUGAAAUGCGAUAUCACCAAGAACGUGUUAAAGUACCCAGAUACCGACGCUGAAAAAAAGGGAACUUUCGUUGCAUUAGUUCUUGAAAGUAUGUCCAACGUUCAAAAACUAACGAAGUCUAUCACAUCAAAGAGAAGUCAAAUCUCACUUCUUCGCUUGUCAAACAAUCGUUUUGGGUUAUUAACAAAAGAUUCAAGUAAAGUGAACGUAGAGGACUUCUUGUCUGAGAUGAAUACGGAGAGUUCCAGGACUAACUAUUUUAGAUUACAAAUGGCUUCGUUUGAAGAAAUAGGGGCGGCAGUGGGAAAUUUGUGCGUCGUUCAUCUUCAUGUUAGUAAAUCGCCAUACCCCAUUCAUCUCACAAGUCCACUCUACACGUUUUGUUUGGAUAGAAAGGGAAUGGUUGCGGAAAUGGACCCCGACCAACUAAUUGAAAGAUUUACGAGUAGAGAUUACCAAUAUGAGCCUGAUGAAUUCUUCAAUGUUGUGAACGAGUUUGAGAAAGUGAACACGUCGUAUGUUCUGGUAUGCUCACCGUUUUCUCUCCCAAGGCAGGAGCGUGAUCUGUAUGGUGCAGUAGUCCCUGAAUGGGCCUUGGUGCUGGAUUUUGAUCAAACCCCAAAUGAGGAUGGCCAUUUACUGAACAUCUUCAAGCCUCUUCAUGACCUCCACCGAGUGGAAAGAAAUCUUUUCGUAAAAACUCCACUUGAUCGAAAGCUCGAAAUAAAUCCAAGAAAUGGCGUUUGUUGGUGUGCAGUGAGAGGGUACGAGGAAAUCAAUAAAACUCUUUCCACAGGUGGACAUGCUUCUUGGAUGUCCACCCAUGGCCACAAGAUGAGAAUUCUUAUUGAUCACCUUAUAACUCAUAUAAACCCAAAUCAGUUGGUGGUUUUGUGUCUGUGGGCUGACGGUCACAGAGAGUUGCUCCCUUCCCUUGACUUCAUUUUGCAGUACAUCUUUUCUUGUUGGGGUCCCACCAAAGUAGUCUUUGUCUGCUCUGACUCGUCUACGAAAUCUGAAAUCUUGUCAGGACUCGUAGAACCGCUAGAAAGAGCCGGUUUCGGAGUGAAGCGGGAUAAUAUUUUCAUUGCACUGCCACAUGAAAUGGCACGGCACAUUGGGGCUAAACUUCCUCCACCCUACCGCUCAGAGGAUGAAUUCCAGAUUCCACGGAAAUUCCAUCUUCCAGACGGCGGCGAAAGAACUAUUCCAGAUACUUUGCCUCAAACAAUUAGACAGGCGGUUAAAGGCCAUUUACAGAUCAUGUAUCAAAACACCGGAAACGCCCUUCAGUUAAAGCCAGACGAUGAGGACGAAGUCCGGCUCAAGUUUUAUUCUGGUUCCGAAAUCGAUGAGACAGGUCUUGCUACUGGAAUUGCUAUAGAGAGAGAAAAAAUGAAAGUGUUGAAAAGAGAACUCAAAUCAUUUUUGAACGACAAAAAGUCGCAUGUCUGCUUGACUAUUCUCAAAGCGGAGAGAGGUGCUGGUGCAACGACCCUUUGUCUACAGCUCUUGUUUGAAUACCGCAAGCAGUACGUUUGUGCUAGAUUACUGGAAUUCCACGACAGCCUUACUGCCAACAUAGAGAAGAUUAAUCAGUAUUCUCGACUUCCAGUCAUUCUAUUGGUCGAUAGCGAAAUGGUAUAUCUACCAGAGUUCAAUGAUUUCAAGAAUGAUGCAGAAAAGAGGAACCUAAACUUGAAGUUACUAGUAGUUGAGUCUGAUGCGUUGUUCAGCCAACAAGCAAGCUCACCUCGAAGGAAGCAACCUAUUCCAUAUUUCGUUGGGUCAACACCUUAUAAGACAGUUGAACUAAGCCGCGAACUGACGUUGGAUGAAUUGCCACAGUUGAUUGAGCAAUUUCUAAAGAUCAGGGAAAUUCCCGAGGAGAAAAAGAGGAAGCUAAAAGAGCUUAAAGAUAGGGUAUCACGGGACUACACCUUACGUAAAUUUGCAUACUUUAGUCUCACAGCUUUUGGUAGAAAGUAUGCUGGUAUACGAAGUUACGUAACAUAUCGCUUACGCCAGACAAAUGAAUUACAACUCCAAAUUCUAGAGUUCCUGGCCCUCACACACGUAUUUACCGAUUUCUUGUUUCCGGUGAACGCCUUGGCGCGUUUGGCCGACAGGGACGUUGUUAUGCUCGAGAGCAUUUUCAGCAACGAUGAUGUAAGGGAGUUGUUGAGCCCGCCAUCACCGGCUGAGUUCAAUCUUAGAAGAAUUUCCUUUGUUGAAGUUGCAGAGGAACUUCUUCAGCAACAAGCCAAGUCGCUUGAGAUGCGCCAUACUCUUUAUCUUAAAGAUGUUGCCCUUCGAUUGGCAAAGGAUGCCUUGACGGAUCCACGACCAAGCAGGAUGAUUGAUCGUAUCACUAGACGAUUGUACGUCACCAGUGAGUAUGGAAGUGAGAAAUUCUCACCACUUGUGCGAUACCUGAGGGACAAAGAUCCUGAUGUAGCUCGUGACAUGUUACAUGAGUUGAUUGAAGUUUUUGACAAAGGUUCCAGUGUCUGGGCUCAUCUUUUGGCUCACUUAUCAAAAUAUUACAUGAUCCAGUACGUCGAUUUCCUUAGUGCCAUUCCUCUUAUCGAAGAAGCAGUGAGGGAAAACAAAGAUGACGUACUACUUCAUCACAUUCAUGGAGAUGUAAUUCGCUUACACAUACAAAACCUUAAAGAUCAGCUUGAAUUUUCUAUGGAAGAAGUCGUCCGCUUUGCAGUUCAGAGCAGUCAUUGUUUCGUGACCGUAAAGGAUAAAAGACCGCUGAUGGAACAUGGUUAUUCUUCAGAUGCUUUGGUUAGAAAAGUAGUCAUGCUUGCAGCAAUUAAAUCUGUUGGCGGCUCGCAUUUUGUGGACUUCCUCAAGGAUUUUCUAAAUAAAAGAAAAGAGAAGGAUACAUUAACAGCUCUCACUAUAGAGGACAAAUAUGUCCUGGCUUUGGUACCGGAGUCAUUUGCUAAUCUCCGAGCAGUACCAAUCAACGAAUUCAGUGAAAAUCUGAAAGACAGUUUUUUGAAAUAUUUAGGAGACCUCGAUGACCUAACAUCAGUUUGCGAAGAUCUCAAAAAAGUAUCCAAAGGUACCAAUGACGAAGCCUGGGUGGAUUUAGUUGUUCUCAAAACUACCUCAUUAGUGUGUUCGCUGGAAGUUGAAAGAAAACAACUUGACCCAGAAGAAGCUGACGAAAAAAUAAAAAGUCUGGAAGACCUGUUGAGGAACACCAAUCAUGACGAGGAUUCAGUUAAAAUCUGGAUUAGGUGUGCGAGGCUUGGCUCUAAAGUUCCAAGUUUAAAAUCGGUAAGGAGCACAGUGAAUGAGUGGUUGAAAGCAACUGGAAAGAGAUCCCCAAAUGCCCUGUUUUACAAGUAAGUGGCUACUCGCAGGUAUAAUUACACUGAUUUAAGAAAUUUUGUGUUUUUUUUUAGCAGUGCUUGUUUCUAAUCUUCAGAUUUUAUUUACAAAUUCUGUGUGACUAAUGACUCAUGUGUAACAGUCACGUGCUCAACAAAAGUUUGAGAAAGCUCAUGCAUAAUUCAUUACAUGCACGGACGUAAAUUGCAACGAAUUGCUGAUUGAUUUUACUUUCGUUGCACUGGAUUUGCUGUUUUAUUUAGUUUCCUACUGAUGAAGUCUGAGAUUAAAAUAGUUGUAUGUAGUUGUAGAUUUCCUGUGGUAAUGUUCAAGUUCUAUGAUUUUACAUAUUUACAUUUACAUAUUUAUAAAAGUGUAGAUCGCAGCUCAGAUCAUGUUGUAUGGAUUAACUUUACUUCACUUUCCAGCUAUGUUGUCGCAAUUUUGGAAGCCUUAAGUGACCCAGAUGAUCCAGAGAAAAUGACCAGAGCUGACGAAAGUGUCAGACAGUUGCUUCGGAGGAGAAAGUCGCCAAAGUCCGCCGGCGUUUCAUUGGACCCCACUGUACCAGUAGAAUGGCUUCAUCCAAAGGAUGGUCGACACAUUAAUUCCUUGGAUUCACUUCUAUAUCACGAAGACCUGGUGAGAGAUUACUUGCAAGGUAAAACACCUCAAAAGCAAAAGCGAGCUGGAAAAGAAAUAAUAGAAAAAGCAUUGUUUGAAAAGGACAUCAGUAAAUGGGAAGGGGUCGUCAGUGACAUAUCCUCUGAUUGGAAAGGAGUGAUUACUUUGAAAAAGCGCAUCUACGUACCUUUUGUGCCGGUUAAUGUUUCGCCCCACAUGCCAAAUGAGGGAGACGUCGUAAGGUUUUGCCUCGCCUUUCAUUGGACGGGUCCGUGUGCCUGGUAUGUCGUUUGUCAACCUGGAGUUGCCAAAGCUCAGAAAGCGGCUGCACGUUCCACGAUCAGGUUUCUAGAAGAGGAUGAUACCAAUAGCGAAACAAGUGACAAGGACGACGAAGACAGUCUUCUGCCUCUAGUUGGAGAAUCUCUUCACAUGCAAACAGUUCGACCUCAAAAGACCGUUGCAGUCACCGAAGACAAUGAAGGUUACCAGUGGAGUAAUUACCUAGACUGUGAAAGACAAGGGAUCAUUUCCCAUGUCUCUCGUAGUAACGGAUACGGGUUCAUUCAUCAUCCAGAUUUUAAAGAAUAUCUCUUCUUUCAUAAAAAGCAGAUAGUUCCUCCAGUGGAAAAUCUCAGCUCCAUAGAGGACUAUUCAGUGGUUUUGUUUACGGUUGGUAAAACGGAAAGAGGACUUCGAGCGAUGAACAUUAGAACAGUGGUAUGUUAUUUCAAACUCUUUAUUUCAUACCGUUGUGUUAAACUCAGUAUGAUUUACGGCUCGAAGGAUGAGUUGUACCAGAUGCCAAUAAGAGAGAACUUGAAAGGGCUGGUGACACUUAAAGCAAACAUUCAUUUGGAUGCUCCAUAAAUCCAAUAAAAUUAAUUCUCAUUCGUCGAAAUUCACCGUUAUCAGAUCUACUGGUUUUGGGAGAUUCUGGUCAGUGCUCCCAAACGUCUCCUGUCGACUUUUCGUUUCCUUAGAGGCAUGUGACCAACGCUCAGAGUUUACGCGCCAUCGUGGCCAUACACUCUAGACCUGGAGUAGCCACGGUGCAAAUAGAGCUUAUAGGAAGGGUCCACGUGUCGGUUAACCAUUGAAAGAAACGAGGCGAUAUACUUUCAAUUUCGACCUCUGUUCACUUUAGAACCGUUGAAUAAUAUAAUCUCUCUAAGGAUUUUGUUGCUUUCAGUCCCAACUUGAUUGAAAAUAGAUCCCAUCCUUGACGUUUCCGUCAUUCUUUGUAACUAAACCAGCCCUCUUUCAUGGCCACAGAAGCCACACAGGAGGGGAAGGGGUAAAUCAAGGCUGAUAAAUAUGUGACUUAUAAAUUUGUCUCUCUAUCUAUGCUUCGUCGUCAUAUACAAUCCAAAACAAACCUCAACAGAUGAAUCCUCAGGUAUAUUUGAUUUUGACUUUGCAGGAAGAAAAAGAUUUUGACUCACAGUUGAAAAGCUGUCGUGAAGAAUUGCGCAAAGCCGAGCACCCGAAGAAAACGCCUUUAUCUGCAUCAGCAGUUCCCCGACGGUUUGUUUUGUAACUUUACCUUAUGUCUUCUUUGAGAUCUUUCACAAAUGGAGGCUAUAGCUUCCUGAAGCGGCUGGAAUCCUUUUUAAUCAAAACCUUGUUUUUGCGGAAAAGGAGGUGUACUAUCUUGUGUAGUUACAAGGGUACCGAAACUUCUUUGCCUGGGCCAGCUUGCCUCAACUGAACGGUAUUCAAAAUUACCGUGACCAGAACUUAAAAAUUUUACUUAUUUUCAAGUAAAUAAACAUUUAAAAAUGUUAAUUGAUCUUGUAUAUAUACUUCUGUUUACCCAUAUAUGACUUAUUCAUGUAUUCGAGUAUUCAGUUAUUAAAACCAAGCUUAAAUGUCACUGGUUAAUUCAUUCAGAGAGUGCACUGCGUGUGUCAUAGCUGAAGCUAAAGAAUACUACACGUGAUCUAGGGUUUUCCAUUGUUAUGACUCUCUUUAUAAGCAUCAUUCUCUCCAUAUUUUCCCUAUAUAUUUUAUACAAUUUUGUUAUAUUCAUAAAACCUACUCAAAAGCAUUGCAGCAUAAAGAUCAUUGGAAUUGUUUAUUAUUAUUAUUAUUAUUAUUAUUAUUAUUAUGAUGAUGAUGAUUAUGAUGAUGAUGAUGAUAAUUGUUAUGAUUCAGCUCUGAAAAAGUGGUGCCGAAGACACUAAGGGACUUUUACGAAUUGGGGUCUCGCCCAGAGGGACAUGUAUGCGAAGUAAAAGUUCCACCUCGUUACAAAACAGUUCGUGGGUUUAUAGCGGUACCAUCAACUUCAGAACGGUUGUACUUUGAAGAAUUGCUGUCUGGUAUCCCAAAGAAAAAGGCUGGCAAUAUUCAGUUGAAAACAAUUGUCCAGUUCAGAGUGGCUAAGAAUAAGCAUGGCUUCUUCGCAAAGGAUCUUUUCAUUAAGGUAAGAUUGUAAUUGCUUAAGCCGAGCAAAAAACGCAUGGUCUGUCCUUAGGGCGCAAAUUAAUUUGUAAAAUGCACACUGCUGAAACGUAAAUGGAUUUUUUCCCCCUACAGCUGCCUGAAAGUAAGACAGUCCAAUGUAGAUGUGGUUGGGAAGAUCGUAUUGACAAGGGAAUACAGGAAGGGUUUAUUGGUUUUCUAAAACCUGGAGGUCGCUAUGGUUUUAUAACUAAGACAUACGCCAGAGAACGGAACCCUACAGGAAUCUACUUUAACGAGUCACACUUACGAGGAUACUCGUUUGGGCAGUUACAGUUCGGCGACAGAGUGCACUUUGUUGUUGGUCAGAAUGAUAAAGGAGGAUGUGUUGCCGAACAGAUUGAUGUUUUACGUGAGAAAAAUCAAUUUCCUGCAGUCUCGCAGGUAUAGUUAUCUUACUUUUUUUUACCUUCGCAGAAUUACGGGUGCAACCGGAUAUCACAAAUGCAAUAAAAUACAUGCAAAAAAUUUAUCCAUGUUCAUUGGCCAAUUACUGGUCAAUUGACCCCAAAACUGAUAGAAAGUUAAAUUACGUAAGUAAUAUAAACUUCAUAAAUUAUAUAUUAAGUUAGUUCAGCUAUUCACGCAUUUUGAUUGGUUAUUACAUAUGAACCAUCAAAGAAUAGACGCAUCGAUGUCUAUAUAUUUACUACACUGUGACGAGGCUAAAAUGUAUUUCUUUUAAUUUUUUUCCAGGGAAAUUAUCCUUCUGGUUUACCUGAUCCGCGCUUGUUUCCCAGAAAUCCCCACGAUAUGUUUUUGCACGGUCAGCCAAGUCUUGGACAAUAUAGCCCCCUUUCCCCGCCCUUCGAUCCAAAUGCGUAAGUAUUUUUAUCAUCUCUUUUUUCAAGGUGGUCCUUAAUUAUGUGAAACGGAUCUUAAAUAUGCAUUUUAGCCGUUAUGACUAAGGUCGUUUAAAUUUGUGGGGUGGUUUUGCCAGUUUUAUCCGUUCGAUGAAAGGCGUUAUCUCUCACCAUCCACCCCUCCGUUUUACUACCAGGAGUAAUUUUAGGUAAUUUUCCCUUUCGGAAGCGGCGGGUCCCUUGUACAGUUUCUAUCCACCCUGGCUUUAAAUGUGGCCAAAACAGCCACCUAUCGUUGCCAGAUUAUUAGUAGCAUACUAAUCUAAUUGCCCAGAAAAUUUUAUAAUAGUUGUUAUUACGAGAUAACAGUUUACUAUUCUUUUUCUUGUUUUCUCCCCUGGGGUUUCGCUUCUUUGUUCGCUCUCCUCCGAUGACACUUGUGACAAUGAGUACAGGCGGGACGGCUGUUCGGUUGACUUGAUACGGGAGCGACGGAGCUUGUAUGCUCUAGCUGAAAUUGCGGUACAUGCAGCGACAAAAAUUACAAAACAAUAAAGUUUAUGACUGAUAAACCAAGGGCGACAAACGCAAUGUAUCCGACGUAGUUAGUUACUGUCGUUUCCUGUAUCAGGCUAUCUCCUUUCAAUCGCUCUGACGAAGGGCUAACGCUCGAAACGUCAGCUUUUUUACCCUUUACGGUGGCUGAUUUACGUUUUCAAUUCAGUUGUUAAUACUAAAUUACCUGCUAUCUCCUUUCUGUAUGGUUGAGUUAAUGUCAUCUUAGUAGAUAAGUGCUAAUUGAUACUCUAAAAACUUGCUCUGGAGUUUGUUAAUUCAAACGGCAUGACAAAAAAAUCAUAAAGACCAUUUUGUGUAACGAAAGCCGUUUCCUCACGAGCGGAAGAGUACAUCUCUAUUUGUCAGAAACCGGCUGAUUUCAUGUCUACUGUACUGAAAACUUUGGUACCGCUCACAGGCGGCCCAAGCUCCGGCUGUGAGAUGAUCAUUUUGCGAAAUACGAGUCGUGGUGAAGUUAAAGUAUGUCCCUUUUCAUCUCAAUAGUAACGGAUUGCGUCGCCAAAACGAGUACGAAAACCCCUCGAUUGAGGUGGUCGAUAAUUACGCUGACUAGUUGGGGGUCUAGAAUUUCCCAUCGGUUCUUUAAAUCCUCUUGGAUAAUUUGUUUCAUAUUUGACCUCCUUACAUGGGCUUCUUUGCUCUACAGCACUUAUUGACUUCUCUACACUACACUUAGUCACUCUAGCAUACCUCCUUAAGUAUUCCAUUAAUAAACAAGUUUGGGUUAUGGGCCGGUUGGUUUUGGGGAAUUAAGACACUUGGUAAACUUGCUAACCCAAAUAAUUCCACAAGAAUAAUAGAAUGAACAAUAAAGCACUCAAUGAUUUAAACAAAAUAAAAGCCAAUCACUGAAAACAAAAACCAAAUGAGGAUCUCGGUUGUUAGUCCAGACCAAUGCUGCGAGACAAACCCAAACAGGAACACCAUUGACAAACAAGGAAAAAGUACAAAAAGACAAUAGCUAGAUGUUCGGUCUCGCCAACUUUAGAAUCAACUAAACUAUUCAAGUUUUCAGACCACUGGACACAACAUACAAUAAUCAGGAAACUUCGCAUGAAAAAUGUACUAUCUCUAACGAUCAACUCCAAAAACAGGUAGUAAAAUAUUGGAAAUCGAAAAGGCGAAUGGGUAAUAACGGUAGAAGUGGAGCAUUUAAAUCCACGUAGACAAAAGGUCUUUCCUCACUUAUAAUCAUUCGAAUCUAUCUUACUCUCUUCGUAUUCAAAUGAACAGGUUAGUACAAUGUUAAGCUGUUAGUUAUAAGUGUAUCUUAUGACCCUCUCUAUGCCAUGAUUUCAGAAUGCCUUGUCAUCCUCUGCAAGACCCUGGUCGACACGCCGAUGGAGGCUUUCAACAAGUAAAUUACAAAAGACGGAAACGUUAAGAUGUACUGCAGAUGUCACUAUAAGAUGGAAGAAGUCGUUAUUUAUCAUUGAAAGCCAUUUUGAAUAUGUACUCCUCGACCCAAAGUCUUUGGUAACAACGAGGAUACUAAAUUAUUCAAAGCAAGUUCUCCCUGUAAUCGGAUAGAUAGAGUGGCUGACAUUUCAAGGCGUAAUUUCAUAUUCACUCACUGGAAAAAAACUGUCUCAAAGUAUAACAUAUGACAUACGGUACCAAAUUUCGUACUACUGGGAUAUUUUUCCGAAGAAAAGAUCAAUUGAAAUUCGACCCUGUUUUAUGUACUAAGGUUAUCCUAGUAUUUUUAAUUCUCAAAAGAACUCAUUUAUAUAUAUUAGAUACAAUUGUUAGUAGUAUUGGUAGUCAUGUCAGUGUUUACCACUACUUAGAGAAAUAAUUACUGUUUCGAUAAUUUCGAGUCUUUUCGACCUGUGGGGUCAAUGAGAAAAGGACCCUCGGUCCGUCUGAUGAUUAAAUUUCGUUUUAUGUCUCUAAGCAAUGGACUGGUAUCUGAUACACCAAGAUACAUAAUACGAUUUGAGAUUAUUUACACUGUUACUAUAUUCGUAGAUGUUUGUUCGGCACCAUUUCCUUUCCCC